AUGGAUAGUCGUAAUUCUGGUGAGGGAAGUGUUGGUUCUUUGGAUGAUUCUGGUCAGGGUUCCAAGAAGAAUGAUGAUGGACAACCAUCUUCACGUGGGAUUGGACUGAGGGUUACGAAUUUGGAGGGUGAUUUUCUGAAGCCGAGGAGGGGAUUGUAUUCUACGUCAGGUUCAUCCAUCUUGGAUGGUCUGACCAAGAUCUCUAAACCCGUUAACCCUUCUAUAGGGAAUUUUACUACGUUUGCUGAUUAUAGUACGUUGGCCCAUGCAAGUUCUGAUCAAGGGAUGGAGUUGCCUCAAGCUGAUAGGUUGCCAGUCAUUGAUGAAAAGCUGAAAAACAUUCAGGAUCAGGUGGGGAGGAAUACGUCGGACUCUUGUCCAUCGGAUGGUGAAUUCUUGGGUAAACCUUUAUCCUAUGCUGAUACGGUGAUCAAUCAGAAGAAUAAAAAGGUAAAUUUCAGACCUCUUGCUUGUGAUACUCAACACGAGGGCUGUGAUAUUGUUCUCCCAAAAGAAUCGGUUCGUGUAGUUCAGGAAAAGCUCGCUAAUACAUUAUACGGAUACUUCUUGGGUGACCGUCUAGCUUACCCGGUGGUCGAAUACUUUGUAAGAAACAAUUGGAAAAAAUAUGGCUUGCAGAAGUCUAUGAUGAACGCUAAUGGCUUCUUCUUCUUUAAAUUUGCGGAUCAUAAGGGUAUGUGCGAUGUGCUUGCUUCAGGUCCUUGGAUAAUACGCUCACAACCUAUUUUUCUCCACGAAUGGUCUCCUAUGUCAAAGCUGGAAAAACAAGAGGUUACUAAGGUUCAAGUUUGGGUGAAAAUUCAUGAAGUGCCGAUUGCCGCUUACACGGAGGAUGGCCUGAGUAUGAUAGCCACCGCCAUUGGGGUUCCUAAGUUAUUAGACUCCUAUACAUCGUCUAUGUGUAUGGAUUCUUGGGGGAGAAGUAGUUACGCAAGAGCUCUUAUAGAAAUCUCCGCGGAUAAGGACUUCAAAGAGGAAAUAACGAUGGCUAUCCCGGAAGUAGAUGGUGAAGGAUUUAUUAAGGAAACAAUGUAUGUCGAAUACGAAUGGAGUCCGCUCAGAUGCUCUCACUGCUGUGUCUUUGGUCACGAUGCUGAGUCUUGUCCAAAGCAAUCGAAAAGACUCGAUGUUAAAGCUUCUUAUAAACAGGCUUGGGAUAAGGGUAAUAAGGGGCAAUCUCAAGGGCGUCGUCAAGAAAAACCGAAAAUUGAUGAUGAUGGAUUUAUGGGGGUUCAUAGUAAAAAAGCGGCUAGGAAGAGUGGUAUCCCGAUUAACAAACCAAAACCAAAAUUUGAAUAUCGUCCAGUUUCUACUAAUCGGAAAGAUAACGGGAAGUCUAAAUCGGAAUCAACUAAUGUGGUGUCUCGAAAUCCUUUUGAUGUUUUGAAUGAAGUGAAUGAGGAGCAAGGCCAAAGUAGUAAAUCGGCUGAAGAUGGUAAUGAGGACUCGGAUGAAGAUGAGGUGAUGGAAGGUUAUUGUGAGAUGGAUGAUUUUCUCAUGGAAGGGACGCACAAAAUUCAAGGGGCAAGCACUCCUUCUCCAGUUGUUUCCAAUGCGAAUUAUUAUAUUACUCGAAGGGAGUUAUGGUAUCAUUUGUCUAAGCAUAAGGUGCUUGUGGGUAAUAAUCCUUGGGUUAUCUUGGGCGAUUUCAACUCAGCUCUUAAUCUUGAUGAUAAGUCUAUGGGAGUGUCUAACAUAUCGGCUGGUAUGAGAGAGUUUCAAGAUUGUAUUUCGGAUAUAGAAGCGUUCGACAUAAAUAGCUCAGGCUUGCAUUACACAUGGAGUCAAAAACCAAAAAAGGGAGCUGGUUUGUUAAAGAAAAUUGAUAGAGUUUUGGGUAACACUCCGUUUGUUGAUAUGUUUCCCAAUUCGGUGGCUUUUUUUCAUCCGUACCGUCUUUCUGAUCAUUGUCCGUGUUUGUUAAAGAUCCCAAAGCCGGGUAAAAGUAAACAUAGACCGUUCAAGUUCGCAAAUUUUCUGGUUUAUAAACCGGGUUUUUUGGAGACUGUUAAAAAGGCGUGGGAUACUAAUAUCGAAGGGGUACUCCAAUUUCGAGUGGUGAAAAAACUCAGAUUGUUAAAAAAUCCGCUUCGUGCUUUACUGUUCCAACAGGGUAACUUGCAUAAGAAAGUGGAGGAGCUUCGUUCGAAGUUGGAUGCGAUUCAGCGGGAUAUAGAUAGUAGUCCGUUAAAUGUUGUUCUUCGUGAUCAAGAGAUAAAGAUUUCAGCUGAAUUUCAAGAGGCUUGUCUAGAUGAAGAGCGUUUCUUAAAACAAAAAUCUAAAGUGGAUUGGCUUCGAGCGGGGGAUGCCAAUACGGCUUUCUUUCAUGCCUCCUUGAAGUGCAGAAAUCAUUCGACUCGUAUUGAUGUUAUUACGAACUCAGAAGGGGUUAUGUUUGAGGGUGAAAAUGUCUCUAAGGCGAUUGUCACUCAUUAUGAAAAAUUUCUCGGUAGUGAAGAUGCUAUAGCCAUUCGGCCAACGCAUGAGCUUUUCUCGAAAAGGUUGAAUGACGAUGAUGCAUUGCAUAUGAUUCGUCCGGUGACGAGCCAAGAGGUUAAGCUAGCUAUGUUCUCCAUUGGGAACGAUAAAGCCCCUGGUCCAGAUGGGUAUUCGGCCGCUUUUUUCAAGAGUGCAUGGGAUAUUAUUGGUCUUGAUGUUUCGAAUGCCAUAAUUGAUUUCUUCAAUACGGGUAAGCUUCUUCGGGAGUUGAAUAAUACUCUUAUUGUUCUUAUUCCAAAGAAGGCCACCCCUUAUUCAGUUACGGACUAUCGGCCCAUUGCUUGUUGUAAUGUUAUCUAUAAAUGUAUUAGCAAGAUUGUGGCGGAUCGUAUUAAAGGAUCUUUGAACCAAAUUGUAAGCAUCAAUCAGUCGGCUUUUAUCCCGGGAAGGAAGAUAUCUGACAACAUUUUGCUCACUCAGGAGCUGAUGCACAACUAUCAUAGAAGCUAUGGUCCGCCUAGAUGUGCUUUUAAAGUUGAUAUUCAAAAAGCUUAUGACACGGUUCAUUGGGGUUUUCUCAAGGACGUGCUCGUUGGGUUUGGCUUCAAUCCGAAGAUGGUGGAGUGGAUUAUGAUUUGUGUGUCUACCCCUUCAUAUUCUCUAUGUGUUAAUGGGGAAGUGCAUGGUUAUUUCAGGGGAAGACGUGGUUUGCGGCAAGGAGAUCCACUUUCUCCUUAUCUUUUCACGCUUGUCAUGGAAAUCCUAACUUGUAUUCUUCAGCAUGGUUCGAGGCUGGGCUCUUCGUUCAAGUUUCACAACAGGUGUGAAAAGCAGCGUAUUAUUAAUCUCUGUUUUGCAGAUGACCUGUUCCUUUUUGCUCGAGGCGAUGUUCAUUCGGCUAGCUUCAUCAUGGAAUCGCUUACACAAUUCACGAACAUGUCUGGUCUGGUCCCGAGUAUUCAAAAGAGCACUGCUUUUUUCUGUAAUGUCUCCGAUCUUGUCAAAGAGGCUAUCUUGAAUGUCUUGCCGUUCGAGGAGGGAUCUUUACCGGUUAGAUAUUUAGGGGUCCCUCUAAUUUCGACCAGACUCUUAGCUAAAGAUUGUAAUGUUUUGGUUGAGAGGAUGGAGAAACGCAUAACUAAUUGGAGAAACAAGCUUCUUUCGUUUGCAGGGAGAUUACAACUUAUUAUCUCUGUUUUGGCUGCUUUGCAUGUGUAUUGGUCCUCCGUUUUCAUUUUACCAGCUAGCAUCAUUAAAGAUUUGGAGGCUAAAAUGCGGAAUUUCUUAUGGUCUCAAGAAGCUUCCUUUCACAGAGGAAAAGCUAAAGUUUCUUGGAGUUCUAUUUGUGUCCCAAAGUAUGAAGGUGGUCUUGGUAUUCGUAGAGUGGGAGAUGUAAACAAGGCUCUUAUGGCGUCUCAUGCCUGGAGUAUUCUGAACAAGAGGGAUUCGUUAUGGGUUGCUUGGAUUUACUCGUAUAGAUUAAAGCACCAUAAUUUCUGGACGUGUAGAGAAGGGUCGAACUGUAGUUGGUCAUGGAGGAAGCUUCUUCAAAUCAGGCCGUUAUUGAGAAGUCACAUUUGGUCGAAGUUGGGGAACGGGAAUGAUACUUCAGCCUGGUACGACUUAUGGAGUCAUCUUGGGCCUCUCGCUAACUUUAUUUCGGCUAGUGUGAUCACUAAUGCAGGGUUUAUGCUUAAUGAUAAGGUUGCGGAUGUUUUUCUAGACACCUCUUGGGCGUGGCCGGAGGAGUGGAGGUCUCGGUUCCCUAUUUUAGAUCAGCUUGAUAAUAUUCGUUUGAAUCCGAAUAGUAUUAACAGGUUAUGUUGGAAGGAAGGUGAUGUUACGCAUGAUUUUUCGUCCUCUAUAGCUUGGCACUCGGUUCGGUCUAGGGAGCAAGAAAUAGAUUGGGUUAAUAUAGUGUGGUUUCCUCAAUGUAUUCCCAGACACGCGUUCUUAAUGUGGCUUAUCAUGCGUCGGAAGCUUCUGACACAAGAUAUUAUUCUUCAGUGGGAUAUAUCUAGGAGGAAAAAUAUGAACAUGAUGUGCUGUCUGCUUUGUUACGAAAAUGUUGAUUCCCAUGAGCACCUUUUCUUUGAAUGUAGUUUUUCUUCUAAAAUUUGGCUCAUGGUUCGAGAGAAGGCGGGUAUGGCUAGAGUGGAUCCGAAGUGGAGCUCGAUUAUUGGCUGGCUAAAGGCUCGAGAGAGAUCGAAAUCCGCAGCUUUAUAUGUUAGUAAACUCUUGGUUGGAGCGACCGCUUAUGUGAUUUGGCAAGAGCGAAACGCGAGAUUAUUUAGAAAUCAAACGAGACCUCCGGAUACUAUACGUGAUACAAUUCUGAAAACCAUCCGAUACAAACUCAUAGGCGUUAAAUUCAGGCAAUGCAUCAAUGUUACUAGAUUGCGAGGCGGGUGGGGGAUUGCGGAGGAAACCGUGAACGACGAUGGAGGCUAA